AUGGAGAUUCUCCGUUUAGCCGCCGUUGGUUUGGGAAUCGAAGAAAACUCCUUUACCUAUAUGUUUUCCUAUCAGCCUUGUUCAUCUCUGCGCAUGCAGCACUAUCCGCCAUGGACAGAACAACCGCCGGAGUUGGCGAGGACGGAGGAUGGGCGUUUUGUUACGACACCGAACCACACGGAUUCCGGAUUCCUUGCUCUUUUGUCCACUUUCUCGUUUCCAGGUUUGGAAUAUCUGUCCCCCAGCGGGAAGUGGACACCGAUCACGCCUCGACCCGACAGUCUCAUUUUGAAUAUCGGAGACCUGUUUUCUUCCAUGGUUGGUGGACGUUUUAAAGCAACGUGUCACCGUAUUAUAGAUAUUGGCGUCGAUCGAUUUUCCGUACCGUUUUUCCUGGAGCCAAAUUACGAUAGAGAGGUUGGUUUUGAUUUAAUCAAAAAAAGUACGGGAGAGGAUGUUAGUGCUCGUGAAAAAUAUGGACCUUGGGUGAUUGCACAGAUGUCUCGUAAGGGUUUUUAUGAGUUCGCUUCUUUGCCGAAGUUUUAA